AUGCGCGACAGCCGGCUCGGCGCCUACGGCGCGGCGGGCCUCGGGCUGAUGCUGGCGGCGAAGGUGCUGGCCCUGGCCGCCGCGCCGGCGGUGGUCAUUCCGUGGCUUCUGGUAGCGGCCCACGCGGCGAGCCGGGCAUCCGCGGUGCUGGCCAUCGCGACAGGCAGCUACGUCCGGGCGGCCGGCGCGGCCAAGCCGGUGGCGGACGGGGUGGCGCCGGGCGGCCUGGCUGUGGCCCUGGCGACCGGGGCCGUCGCCGUCAGCGGGCUGUGGAUGUUCGCCUCGCCGGUGGUGACGAUCGCCGGAGUGGCCGGGCUCGCGGCCGGGCAUCUCGCCAUGCGCGGCGUGUACGAGCGCAAGCUCGGCGGCUACACGGGCGAUUGUCUCGGGGCCGUGCAGCAGACCAGCGAACUCGGGCUCUACCUGGGAGCGGUGGCGGUCAUGUAG